AAUGGCAUGAACUACGUGACCAAUGGGUCCGGUCCGGUUAAACGGGAGAUAUCUGAGGGGCAAGACUCGAGGCUCCGCAAUGGCCGGAUGAUAAACCGCCGUCGAGGGGUAUAAGUGAAUCAAGACGAUUCCCCUCAAGAACGUUUGAAUCUUGAUUUUGAGAAGCGAGAAAACGACCACCACUGUCACCAGCCUAGUAGACCAUGGCGCCCAUCAAAGUCGGAAUCGUAGGCUACGGCUUCUCAACGAAAUGUUUCCACCUCCCGUUCAUUCUCCCCAACCGAGAGCUCGAGGUCUAUGCCUUCCUACAGCGGGCAGCCCCUCCCAGUGACCCGUCUGAGACGCCGCGCUGGGGUCAUUGUACUAUCGACUUCCCCCAGGCAAAGCACUACCGGACAGCCGACGAUUUCUACGCCGACGAGCUGAUCGAGCUUGUCAUCAUAUGCACUAGCACUCACGAGGAGUUUGUUGAAAAGGCUCUACUUGCUGGGAAGCAUGUCGUCGUCGAGAAGCCUUUUGUCAACACCAGUGCUGAGGCAGACAGACUGAUCGCGCUGGCCAAGGAGAAGGGCAAGAUCUUGACCGUGUUUCAAAACCGAAGAUUUGACAGCGACUUCCGCACCCUGCACCAUCUCACGAGCAACGGUGCUCUCGGUGAUAUACUAGAGGCGAACAUCCACUUUGACUACCCCGACCCGGGCUGGAUUUCGCGCUGGACGAAGAAAGAGUACGUCCCGGGUCAGGGCAUGACGUUUGCGCUAGGCACCCACACCCUCGACCAGGCCCUGUACCUGUUUGGAACCCCCGCCUCGGUGACGGGUUUCUUUCGGUCAAACCGUGGCGUUGACAGCGACGUCGACGACACCUUCACCAUCAUCCUGCAGUAUUCCGGCAAGCAAAAGAACCUGCUGGUGACGGUCAAGACAGCGGUCGUCACGCACAUGCAGGACCAACUGCGCUUCUUUGUCCGAGGCAACAAGGGCACUUAUCUGAAGUUCGGGACCUGCCCGCAAGAAAGCCAGGGCAUCGCAGCCCCCGGACAGCCGGCAACGGGCCCGGAGAUCGGCGUCGAGGACGAGCGCAUCUGGGGCACCCUGACCACCACGACCGAGUUUGACGGCAAGGUCCAGCGGUUUGACGAGGAGAGUAAGAAGUAUGUCGGCAAGUACCCCAGUCUUCCGGGGUGGUACCGGGGGUACUAUGAGAAUGUAUCGGCUGCACUUCUCGGGCGCGAGGAGAUCUUUGUCAAGCCGGAGACAUCGAGGGACGGACUGAGGAUCAUCGAAUUGGCAAGGGAGUCGCAUGAGAAGGGAUGCACCGUUGCGUGGUCAUAGUGCGACCGGUGUGAUCUGGGGAGGGGAUGGCAAUGAAUUCUAAAGUUAGAUAGGAUAGCUCCCAGGCACCGGAGCCAAUCUGAUGCCAACACACAAGAACA